ACUGAUUUCAUCCGGCACUUCUGAAACUUCUGAACCGUGUUUAAGGUGCUCACUUUGUCAACAAGGUUUCGCGUGACCCGGAAGCGAAACCGAAAGACCUUCUCCCUGAGACAUUCAACUUUGUCUCUAAAGCCAGAACAACGUUCAAUCUUCCACAGCUCGACGCGUCCAUCAUUUCGAUGCCAAAGAUACCCAAGGUGAAGAUACCCAAGAUACCAAACGCGCUCAAUAUGCCCAGCAUGCCCAAUAUGCCCAGCGUUCCUAAGGUGCUCUCAGAUAAAAUCACUAGCCCAAGCAUCCCAGGAUUCUUCCCCAAACCACGCGCUUCAUCUCCAUUCAGCCCAGGCCCCUCCGCCUCGCCAGACCCUGGACCAGACAGCCACGGACCUUCCCCUAAACCUCUUUCAGGAUCCUCAUGGAACAGCGGAGAAUUUUUUGAGUCUUCGUGGUCACUGCCUGGCAUCCCCAUCGGCUUCUCACCCAGAUCGCCGUACCCUUUGGGUAAAGUGGCUGACGCCGCCUCUCGCUCUGCGCAGAGCGUAUCUGGCAGUGUCUCCAAAGCAACUGGGCCGCCUCUAUCGCCGCCUCUAAUGCCGCCCUCUCGCUCCGCGCAGAACAUAUCUGACAGUGUUCAUGCACUCCAGGACAUGACUUUGGAUCUUGCGGAGGCGAUUCAACAAACGGUGAUUGCCUCGUGCAUGUGGGUCGCGUCUACCGCGUUGCAGACCUUUGCGCUUCGUGUCGCAGAACAUGAGGAUGUGAAUAUGGUGGAUGGGUACGAGAGGCAUAGGAGGGGUAUUGAGAUUGAGGGGACGUAUUGUAUUCAAGUUGUUAUGCGGAACGAGGCGUGGGAUAACACGGUCCAGGAGGAGACGAAAGAGCUUAAAGUCGAGAAGGACUUGCCUGUGAUUUCGCCAGUUAUUGAUGGCAGGCUGAAAGACCUGGAUGGUAAAGCUGGUAAGGUGUAACGAUUUUCUCGCCUCGCAGAAUGUAGGGUAGUAUCGAGUGUAAGAUAUAUGAUAGGCUUGUUACUAGCAGACAAGUCGAGUAGCUAUGACAUCUC